CCCACUCGGCUCCAGGCGGCCAGCGCUCGCGGGCCCAGGCCGCCCGGCUCGACCGGAGCACCGCGGCGGCGCAGCGGCGGGAUCCCCGGAGAGGCAGCCGCAGUCGCGAGACAUCCUCCGCGCCCCCCCCCGCUGCCCGCCCCAGGCUCAGUGUAUGGGGCCGCGGCCCGCCAACCUUCGUUGAGACCGUCCCCGGGGUGCGGUGGCCUCGGGCUCCGGAGCCCGCCCCGCCACCCGAGGGCUGCGCGCGGCCCCGGGCCUGCUGCCGCGCGGCUCGGCGCGUCCCGGGCCAGGAAGUGGCGGCGCCGAGCGCCAUGGCCCACUCCCCGGUGCAGUCGGGCCUGCCGGGCAUGCAGAACCUGAAAGCAGACCCAGAAGAGCUUUUUACCAAGCUAGAGAAAAUUGGAAAGGGCUCUUUUGGCGAGGUGUUCAAAGGCAUUGACAAUCGGACUCAGAAAGUGGUGGCCAUAAAAAUCAUUGAUCUGGAAGAAGCCGAGGAUGAGAUAGAGGACAUCCAACAAGAGAUCACAGUGCUGAGCCAGUGUGACAGUCCGUACGUCACCAAGUACUAUGGAUCCUAUCUCAAGGAUACUAAGUUGUGGAUAAUCAUGGAGUACCUUGGUGGAGGCUCUGCCCUGGAUCUGUUAGAGCCUGGCCCUUUAGAUGAAAUUCAGAUUGCAACCAUAUUACGAGAAAUUCUGAAAGGGCUUGAUUAUCUACACUCAGAGAAGAAAAUCCACAGAGAUAUUAAAGCGGCCAAUGUUCUUCUCUCUGAACAUGGAGAGGUGAAGCUGGCAGACUUUGGAGUGGCCGGCCAGCUGACGGAUACCCAGAUAAAAAGGAACACCUUCGUGGGUACCCCCUUCUGGAUGGCGCCUGAGGUCAUUAAGCAGUCAGCUUACGACUCAAAGGCAGACAUCUGGUCCCUUGGCAUCACAGCAAUAGAGCUGGCCAAAGGAGAGCCACCACAUUCUGAGCUGCAUCCCAUGAAGGUGUUAUUCCUCAUCCCAAAGAACAACCCUCCCACGCUGGAAGGGAACUACAGCAAACCCCUCAAGGAGUUCGUGGAGGCCUGCCUCAACAAGGAGCCCAGCUUUAGACCGACCGCUAAGGAAUUAUUGAAGCACAAAUUCAUAAUCCGCAAUGCAAAGAAGACAUCCUACUUGACUGAGCUCAUCGACAGGUACAAGAGGUGGAAGGCAGAGCAGAGCCACGAGGACUCCAGCUCGGAAGACUCUGAUGUGGAGACAGAUGGCCAGGCGUCGGGAGGCAGUGACUCUGGGGACUGGAUCUUUACAAUCCGGGAGAAAGAUCCCAAGAAUCUGGAGAACGGGACUCUUCAGCCCUCAGAUUUGGAAAGAAAUAAGAUGAAAGAUAUCCCAAAGAGGCCUUUCUCUCAGUGUUUAUCCACAAUCAUUUCUCCUCUGUUUGCGGAGCUGAAAGAGAAGAGCCAGGCAUGCGGAGGGAACUUGGGGUCAAUAGAAGAGCUGCGGGGAGCCAUCUACUUGGCAGAGGAAGCCUGUCCUGGGAUCUCUGACACCAUGGUGGCUCAGCUUGUGCAGCGGCUGCAGAGGUAUUCUCUGAGUGGCGGAGGAGCCUCAGCGCACUGAAGGCCCAUGGCGCUCGGGUUGGUUUUUCCUUUCUUCUUCAUCUUCCUUCUUUUUAAAAGUCAACGAGAGCCUUUGCCGACUCUGCGAAGAGGUGUCACGGAGGGGCCCGCCCGCCCUCCUGCAGCGCCGGCACCUGUCCAGGGACAGCCUCAUCGUGCCACAGCCAGAUGGAGUCUUUCCAAUAGGGUGGGGGAGGGUCUUCUCCUUCAAGCGAUUAUUUUAUUUUUUUAUCGUUUUUAAUUUUAAUCAUAGUGCACAUAUUCAAAGAAAGUAUCUUUAAACACAAAAAACCCUGAAAUGUAUAUUUGGAUUGUUUUAAGGCAAUUGAAGACACGCAACCUCAGGUAUCCCGCUUUAUAUUGAUAGCUCCUCCCCCCGGGAGACGGAGAGUCGCUCUGGUGGAUCAGUGUACAGAUUGUAUAUAGCGUCAUUUUUACGGAAACUCUUUUGGCGUGCAUAAGGAUCACUGUGUACACAUUGGCCAAGUGCUUCUGUAGAUAAUGUCUGUGGAGUAAAUAUUUGACAGGCCAGAACUUGAGUCUAUUGCCUUGCCUUUAUUACAUGUAAAUUUUGAAUCUUGUGACCAGUGACUUGGAUUUUAUUUUGUAUUUACAGGGUCUGUCAUUAAUAAUAAUUAAUCCCACUCCCCUCAUGGAACACUCCCAUUUGUAUCUCAACAGAUGCGGAUUUCCCUCUCGUUCACCCUACGUCCUUUUUUGGUACACUUAGAAGUUUUCCUUUUCCAUCAAUGGUACUGUUUCUUAGUAUUUUCAAUUGGAACAUAUCUUGUCUCACAGAGCUUUAAAUUAUUCUCUUAAGUUUCUUCUGGAUGAAGCGCUCUCAUCUAACCUAUGUCGGGUUGUGCCUCUGCGUCUGUUCUGUACCAGAUGUUCUGUCCAGCAUCUUUCCAUCAUCUUUGCCACCUCAAAGCGUCUGAAUGCUUACACAAAUAAAUUUUAUAACUCACUCAUUUUGCAUACUGUUCUUGAAACGUGGCUCCUCGGAACAGAUGGGGCCUCUGCUCUGCACAUGUGCUUGGUUGAGGAAGCGUGUGUAUGUCGAGACAUGUUGAAAGGCUCCAGGGGAAAGUGCUCAGAUGUCAAAAAGCCAAAUGUCCAGGUUAUCUCCCUAUGCAAUUUGUGUGAUUGAUCCCUGAGUUAUGGCCGAUGUUGCGGGUUUGUGGAACUGCUGAAGCUCUUGCUGGUGGCUCGGAAGGGCGGUUUUGGUUCUGCUCGAGGGGCUGGGUCUGCUGGUUCUGCCACUCAUGGUCCUGUCAGCCAAGCGCUCUGUUCUUUUCUGUUGCCGAGCAUCCUCCAGUUCUCAGAGCAGGUCUUGCUGGUCUCACUCAGAUGGGUGUGGUGUUUGUUAAUGCUGAUUACUGUCCUCCUGUUGCAGUGCUAGGUCUUAAGAAAGGGUUUCUGGAGUAGGAACUUAGGGUGAACUUGGUGACAUCAGCUUGGCCUUAUGCUGGUGUGUAGUGUUACAGGAAGGUAGGCCAAGGCAAGAUGUGCCAGGCGUGAGACAAUUGCUUAGAUUUCUUAAGUGGGGUCUAGGUUUUUAGACUAUUAAAUUGUGAUAGUCUGUUAGUAGUAGUAGACUUUGGCUGGAGUAAUAAUUUCAUCCAAGGAUACAUUUUGGUUAGGGGAGGUAGAGACAAUUUCUUUUUUUAAUUGAGUCUAUGGGUCAUGUGUGCAGUUCCCUCAAAGAUGAGAAGAGGGUAUGAGAUUCCUCUCUUGGGAACUGUAGUUAGAGGUGAGCUGCCCUGUGGGUGCUGGGAACUGAAUCUGGGUGUUCUGUAAGAACAGCCUGUGUUCUUAACUGCUGAGCCAUCACUCUGGCCCCAGUACAGUGUUAUUUUAUACCAAGUAUGUUACCUGGAACAAUAGUUUGAGAAUAUUUCAUGUUUCAAGAAUACUCUGCCUUGGGGUACUGUGUGUUUUUUCUUGUAUGAGGCUUGAUGUAUAUACCAAAGGUCACUGCAGGAAAGUCACCGAAUGAACUUGUUCUGCAGAGUGCUGUUGACUUGAAUAGUGUCCCUGAGGGCCACACGCAUUUCUAGUGGAGAGAGCUCAUCAGUUUCACAAGUGCGUAGUGAUACAGUAGUAAAGCCAAUUAUUGUCUUUUCUCUUUCCAGUGCUGGUACACGAACCAGGACUUGUGUGUGCUGGGUCAUUGCUUUCCUGGGCUUCCCCGCAAUCCCCUGCCAUCUGUCUUUAACAGUGUAACAGUUGUGGCUGAGCGGCUGAGAGGACUAGAUGCUAACUAAGCAUGAGCUUACCAACGAGAACAUAGGCCAGUCGCCUGUACUCAGUAGACCACAAGGCACGGGUUCCCAUCUCCUGUGAAAGCCACAGGUGGUUCUUGGGGAAUUUGUUGGAAACCUGGCUGCAGAUGUGGGGUUGACAGUUUUAAAAGUGGAUUGCCUUGUUACAUAGUCUCCUCUGUGUUGUUACACUGUAGCACAAAAUAAACUAGAUGUUCUAUGGACGUUUUGUUUAGCUUGGCAAGCUGUAUUCAUGUGUUCACUUCUAGUCCUUUAUUCAGAACAGGGCCUAUCUCAGAACAACGCUGGUACACAUUUCACAUCACAGGCUACUGUGGGUGAACUCAGCAUCACCCAGAAGUCCCUCCACAGCGUACUGUUCACAGCUCACAGCAACCAUGCCACCAGUCUGGGAAAAUGAGCGCCUCGGAGAGCGGCGAGGCAGGCGGAGCUCUGGCUCACAGGCAGGUUGUGCUUUGGGUCGUCCAUGUUGGCCCUCCUGAGUACUAAGAUUUCAGGUGUUCCCCACAUGUUGGGUCAAUGAUGGCUUUUUCCUGCUGUUGCUGUGCCAGUAGAUAACAGCCUGUGAUGUGGAAGCAACACCUGUGCAGAGGGAGACGGUGGGUUCCUUCCUAGCAGCCGGGCUUGCUUCUUGAGCUCCUUGAUAUGGUUCCUGGUUCUGGAUGUGGUGUUUUAUACUAUUCUUUGGCAAAACCUGUAAUCGUAUAUGCAUUAUAUUUCUUUAAAAACCUGGCUUCUGUGUUUCUGCUACGAAAUAUGGCAAUGAAGGUGGAUUCCUGAGCACGCAUACUGUCGUGCAAGGUCAAUAAAGCUCUGGAAA